CCACCACCACGGGACCACUGCUGGCACGAUGGUGGCCAGUUCUGCUAUUCCUGGGAGGAGGAUGCUGAGCUCCGGCUCUCCCUCGAGCCCACAGCGACUCCUGGCACCGAGUGCUACAGAGUCCACUGGACACCACUGCGCCCUGACGUGACGUUGAAGGAUUGCUUUUCCAUGGUCAAUGUCUCCUGGUAUGGUGGACCAAGCAUCCAUGCCCAGCGCUGGCCGCUCAACAGCGCCGAGAGCCCUGCACAGCCCUUCGUCAGUGGUGACCUCAGCACCAACCCCGAUGGCUUCGGUCCUGUCCUGGAGAGAUACUUCCUGGGAUCAACAGGAGUGACGGUGACUGUGGCACCCGAUGAGCCACUGCUCCUCUCUCUGGAGGGCAACAGGCAGUUCUGCCUGGAGACGCCGUCAGGCCAAGCCGUGCCCCUUCAAUAUCUCCUCUGCAUCAGCUCCGACGUGGCAGCUGCCCAUCGGCACACAGGCAGCUCCCCAGCACGGCCAGAGCGGGAGCUGCCAGACACCACACUCCUGGGGUCUCCCAUCUGGCGGUAUCGUGGCCCAGAAGGUUCUGCUUCCAGAAUCAAGAGAGGUUUGAGGUCACUGGUGAGGAGGCUGAAGCGGCAUCGCCUUCAGGAGGGGGUGCUGGCCCUGGGGGAGCAAAGCACCACCAUCCUCUCUGCAGCGGACCAAGUGUCCUCGAAGCAGACAAAGAGGCAUGAGGUGGCCCUGGUGGAACCCCUGGAGCUCUCCAUCACUCUGUCCCCGUACGCCAGCGUUGCCUCCCAACUCUUCCUGCGCUCCCUGCGCAACAGCGAGACCGCGGGAUACUGGCUGAGCCGCCAGCCUCAACCUUGGGGCAGCUCGGUCCCACUGCUGACCACCUGGAAGGAGCAGCUCUGUGCCCGUCUGAACGUCACCAGUGAGGCAGCACUGAGCUGGUACCUGGCACGUGCCCAGCGCCUGCAGCAAGAUCUGGGGGCUGCAUAUGUGGUCUUUGAGGGAGCUGAGGGUAACUCCUUCCUGGAGCAGGAUGUCCCACCUCCCUCUGAGCUGGAGGGUGACCGAUACACCACGGCACUGGCAGAGGCACUGGCCACACUGGGCAAUGCCACUGUCAUCAGCGCCGGGGCCAGAUCCAGUCACCUUCCACUCUUCAUCCAAAUGAGCCCACGGCUCUCCGACUGGAGCCACGCGGGGCUGAAGGGACUGAUCCCCUCAGUGCUGCACUACAGCCUCUUGGGCUACAACUUCUUCAUCCCUGAUGCAGUAGGAGGCAGCCUGGACAGUGACACCCCGGGGGACCAGGAGCUGUACGUGCGGUGGCUGCAGAUCGUGACGUUCCUCCCCGUGAUGGCCUUUGGCACCCCACCCUGGAUCUGCUGUGAUGCCUGGGUCCUGAACCUGACCCGCCGGUGCAUACAGAGGCACAGGGACUUUGUUGUGCCACUCCUCCUGAAAUACAGCCAGGAGUGGCAGAGUUUGGGAUAUCCCAUCUUCCGUCCAGCCUGGUGGCUCAGCCCCAUGGAUCCAACCGCAUAUACCAUUGAGGAUGAGUUUCUCAUUGGAGAUGAGGUCCUGGUUGCCCCAAUAACAGAGAAAGGGCAAACAUGGAGAGAUAUCUACCUGCCUGGAGAAGGACACCUGUGGUUGGACACCAACACCGCCCGUGUGUUUGACGGAGGCACCAUCCUCAGGAACUACUCUGCCAGCCUGGCUGAGGUGCCAGUGUUUGUAAAGACCUCGUGA